AGGGGAAGGGGACGGGGCGUACCAAGGGUGACGUGGGCGGGGCCGGUGCUGCGGAAUGGACGCGGUUUUGCUCGCCGCCGCUGCCGUGCUGCUCGCCGUCCUUCUCUUCUUCGCCACCCGCCUCCGCGGCCAAGCCAGGGCAGCUGAUGAGGAGCACCAGCAGAAUGUGGCAGCAGCAGCAGCAGCAGGGGCCAGAGCGCGGCCCCAGGGCGAGGAGCGAGCAGAGGGGAUGCCCAGGCGCCGCAGGAACAUGGGCAGCAGGCUGAUGGCCCAGAGGAGAGCCCAGCAGGCAGAGGAGUGGCUGCAAGAGGAAGAGGAUGCUGAGGAGGUGCCAGAAUUUCAGGUGUCUGGGAAAAUUGGAGCAAAGAAGCAGAGGAAAUUAGAAGAGAAACAAGCCAGGAAAGCCCAGAGAGAGGCUGAAGAAGCAGAGAGGGAAGAAAGGAGGAAGCUGGAGUCCAAGAGAGAGGAGGAAAGGCGGAAAGAAGAGGAGAGGAUUCGUCUGGAGGAGGAACGCCAGGAAGAGGAAAAAAGGAAGGCAAAGGAAGAAGAGGAGAAGAGAGAAUAUGAGGAGUACCUGAAGCUGAAGGAAAGUUUUGUGGUUGAAGAGGAAGGGGUUGAAGAAGCAAUGACAGAGGAGCAGUCUCGCAGCUUUCUUCUGGAAUUCCUGGAAUAUGUUAAGAAAACAAAAGUUAUCCAGCUGGAGGACUUGGCUUCACAUCUGGGUUUGAGGACACAGGAUGCAAUUAACAGAAUCCAGGACCUGAUGGCAGAUGGCACCCUGACAGGUGUGAUUGAUGACAGGGGGAAGUUCAUCUACAUCACUGCACAGGAGAUGGCAGCCGUGGCUCAGUACAUCAAGCAGCGAGGCCGGGUGUCCAUUGCAGAGCUGGCCCAGGCCAGCAACUCCCUGAUCAACCUUCAACCUGACAGCAGAGCUGUGCCUCCAACUGUGGCCUGAGAGAAACACUGCAGGGCUUUCACCUCUGAAUGAAUAAACACACCAUUAAAAGCAAACAAGGACCUUCGUGGUGCCUGGAUGCUCUUUGGAAGCAUCAGCUGCAAACUCAUAUUUGCUUUUCCUUCUGUUAGAACUGGUGUUAAAUGGUGGAGUUGGGAACCAGAAAAUGCUCAGGAACUCAAACACUGCUGCACCUGUAGCCCAGGAAGAUCAGGAAUUUAUCCCUCAUGUUGCUGUAAACAAACUUUUCAUUGUUGGCCAAUUCUGAUGUUUGUAUCAAAUAGAUUUGCAUUCAGGAUUCUCCAGGCUUGCUCUGCACUCUGGAGCUCUUUAACUUUGUGGUGGACACAGCCAUGGGUGUGUAGGUUUUGUCUUUGUUCUUGCUGAAAUAUAUCCUGAAACUCUGGGAGGAAUGGUUGCUCUGUUAAAACUUCCAGGGGUUAUUUCAGGAAACUUCUGCUAUAGAAAUAUGUUUAUAUAUUGAUUUAUGUAAUUUAAAAAGUUGACUUGCAGACAGGCUGCAUCAUUUCCCUGCAGCCAAGAGACACAAACCCCUCCAGGGAAGGGCUGACUGGGCUCAUUUAUUGCAGGCCAGUCCUGCUGAUAGCAGCCAGACCCUGGUGAUUCAUCCUUUGAAGUCAGAGCCAGCUCAGAGUGUCUGAAGGGCUCAGACACCCCCACCCCGUGGCCUCUGUGCUCUGCAGGUUUGGGGGUUUUUAAAUAAAAACUUCAGACACUCUGAGUCAUGCAAUUAGUGUUGCAAGUUAAUGAUUAUUAAUGUAUUAAUUGUACAGGGCACUUAUUUCCUGCAUUAGAAUAUUUAUUUUUUCAGUCAUUUAUUCAUUCUCCUUUCUGAAAUCAGCAGAAUUUAUGUGAAUAAACAGUAACUGGGGAGGACAAGAGGUUUUGUCUCUGCCAAACUUGAAACCUGAGCAGACUAAAAACCUGUUAUCAGUGGGAUGAGACAGCAAUAAAACAAUGGGAGGAAACAUUUCCUGAUCAUCUCUGCAUGUGAGAGUGCAGGAGAGGGGAGUUCCAGCAGCACCACGUGUUGGUGUGAAGGGUCAGCACAUCCUGAGUGCUGAAAUAUUUCACAUUUGAGGCUUGUAAAGUCUCUUACUUACAGAUUGCCUAUUAAAUUUUUUAAAAAUG